AUGAGCACUCGGCUCUUAUUCAGCCGGUUCUGCGCUCGUUCAGCGCGUUCAAUCCCUCAGAAAUGUGGGCUGUCGCCUCUUCGCAGGCUUGAAUUCCAUAGCCUCCCAACCAGGUUUCCUGCUGGACCGAAGGGACGAGCUAGGCGAAUAUGCCUUCACGCUUCAGGUGGUGCCACUGCUUUAGGGGCCGCGGCAUUUGUGAGCCUUGCCCAACCUGAUGAAGGAAACGACUCCGAGGAAACCACGGAGCAGCGAAUGCUGAGGGCAUCCCGGGAUGAAAUCAAGAAACAAGUCCCCGUCGAUUCCCACGGGGCCUCCCGAGUCGUCAAGUCUGUCAUUGUGUUCCUGGAUGUCUACGUGUGGGAGCCCUUUUGCACAGGCCUUAGAUUCCUCCAGCUGGCCGCCAUAUUUAUACCUGUCAUCGUAUCGGUCCCAGCAAUAUGGAUCGGGCAACGCCAAUUGCACCGAGAUAACGAGCGCAGUGGCACCUUGUGGUGGUACGGAUUCCUCGUCAGGUCUAUGGAAUUAGCAGGUCCAGCUUUCAUCAAGUUAGGACAGUGGGCUGCCUCCCGCUCCGACGUCUUUCCUGAUGAGCUCUGCGAGAUCAUGUCCAAGCUACACUCCAAUUCGAAUGCACACUCUAUGGAAGCGACACGCCGGACUGUCGAGGCCGCAUUCGAUGGCCGCAGCUUCGAGGACAUUUUCGAAGAGUUCAACGAGAAGCCGUUGGGUGUUGGAGCCAUCGCGCAAGUCUACAAGGCAAAACUCAAGCCUGAUCUCGCAGCCCCAAGAGAUAAUGACAUCUCAAAAACUCUUCAUCCACUACGACACAACGUGGAGAUCGUCCUGAAGAGCUCUCCCAAGCGCGUGCCUUCUGACUAUGUGGCAGUCAAGGUUCUUCACCCAAGGGUAGAACGUAUCGUAAGAAGAGACCUUAGAAUCAUGCACUUCUUCGCCUCGGCAUUAAACAUGAUUCCUACAAUAGAAUGGCUCUCUUUGCCUGACGAGGUUUCGCAGUUUGGCGAGAUGAUGAAACUGCAGCUCGAUCUGCGCAUAGAAGCUGCAAACCUUACCGCAUUCCGCCAAAAUUUCAAGGACCGUACAACAGCUUGGUUCCCAUACCCAUACACUGACUUUACCACCCGAAACGUCUUAAUAGAGGAGUUUGCUCAGGGCAUACCUAUUUCCGACUUCAUGGAGUACGGUGGAGGUGUAUUCCAACACGAUAUCGCCAACGAGGGGCUCGAUGCCUUUCUGCGGAUGCUUCUCUUGGAUAAUUUCGUCCAUGCGGAUCUUCAUCCAGGAAACAUCAUGGUUCGUUUCUACAAGACGGCGCAGCCUAAUCUCGGAAUCCGUCGUCCCGAAAGCAAUCCUCAUCCUGAUGAAAUGUCAGACGUCACGGAACAGAUCUUGGAACGACUACGGCCAUAUAAACAUAGCAAAGAUAAGGCUGGGUGGCAAUCGGAGCUAACCAAGCUUGAUUCCGAGGGCUUCCGCCCCCAAUUGAUAUUCAUCGACACUGGUCUCGUGACAGAGCUGAAUGGCACGAAUCGUCAGAAUUUCCUGGACCUUUUCAGGGCCGUUGCUGAAUUUGAUGGAUAUAAAGCUGGCCAUCUGAUGUGUGAGCGAUGCCGCCAGCCAGACGCCGUGCUCGACAAGGAGAUUUUCGCACUCAAGAUGCAGCACCUCGUGCUCAACGUUAAGAGCAACACGCUUGCACUGGGCAACGUCAAAAUCGGCGACAUCCUCCAGAAGGUCCUCAACAUGGUCCGUAAUCACCAUGUACGUCUAGAAGGCGACUUUGUCAACGUCGUUAUCAGCAUCCUGCUCCUCGAGGGUAUCGGCCGGAGCCUGAAUCCAAACGUGGAUCUUCUUAGCAGCUCGCUGCCCAUCCUGCGACAGCUCAGUGCACAGAGCGGUGCUGAGAUGGCCAAGCAUGGCGACUUCUCCAUGGUUGUCGUGUGGAUGGGGCUAGAGGCGAGACGCUUCAUGCAAGCUAGCAUCGACGAUGUCGAGAACUGUGUGAAAUAUGAUUUACUUUCACCCAACGUAUGA